AUGUCGUGCUGGGGAUUGAGCUCUGUAACUAUUGCUCAUCAACGAGGAAUUCCUAGUAAGCGCAAGUCAUCAGCUUGCGUUGAUUACGUCCCUGCCCUUUGUACACACCGCCCGUCGCUACUACCGAUUGAAUGGUUACAGCAAGAAUAUGGGAUUGUUGGGAGCUAG